AUGGCAUUGUGUAUGUCCCAGUUGACAUCCGUAACGGUCUGGAACACGGAAAAUAUUAAUCAAGUUCUUAGGCAUGGGCAUAAUCUUCAUGUUCAAUCUGUUUCUAGUUUUUCAGAAAGGUUUGGCAAAGAGCCACCUUCAUCUUUUUAUCUGGCGGCAGAUGAGGUUCUUCAAUCCUUUACUGUGGAAAAUACGAGAUUUAAAGUCGAGUACAAAUUAGAUCCUUUUCAGGGUUAUAUUGAUGAAACAGACUUUUUCUGUUGUGAAUUAGAUAGAUUUUUUUCGAUUGAGAUUUUUGGUGUUCUGACUGUUUGUAAUUUAUCGGUUGCAAUUUUAAGGAAGGACAAUUUAUACUGGUUAUUUGAUCCUCACAGUAGAGAUGAAAAUCUAAACUCGGUUCAAAAUGGCGUAGCUGUUCUUUGUAGGUUUAAAAGCAUUCCUGACCUUGCUUCAGGUUUUAAAUCAUCAUUUUGUGCAAUGGGAAAACAGUUAUUUAGUAUAACACCUUUGAACAUAGAAAUUGAUUCUUGUCCCGAAAAUGAAACGCAGUGGUCAAUAAAGCGCAAACUGUUUUCAAACAGUCAAAAAAAAAAAUUAGAUGAACAAAAUAAAGCUAGGCUAAGACUUCUGCGAUUGAAUGAAACAUUCAAGGCUAAGGAACGAACGACGCAAAGAGAAUCAAGAAAAAAGAAAAACGAAGCUACUGGGCCUACAAUAAGAAAAAUAGACAGAAAAAGAAAAAGAAUACUGCGUUCUCAAAAGGAUUUUAAGGAUAUAGAAAAUACAAAGCAGGUUCAAAGAAUGAAAGCUUUGCGAAGUGUUUUAGAAAAUAGAAUUUUAAAACGGGAAAAAGAUUGUGCAAAGAAACGAAUUUUGAGGAUACUACAAGACUAUAAAAAAGACGAAAACGAGAAGCUUUUGACAAGAAUGCGUACAAGGCGAAGUGUGACAAAAAACUUAAUUUUACAAAGGGAAAAAGAUAGUGCAAAGAAACGAAUUCUUAGGAGCCAACAAGACUAUAAAAAAGAAGAAAACACUAAGCUUUUGACAAGAAUGCGUGCCAAGCGAAGUAUGAUAGAAAAUAAAAUUUUAGAAAGGGUAAAAGACAAUGCAAGGAAACGAUCUCUAAGGAGUCAACAAGAUUAUAGGGUUUUUGAAAAUACAAGGCUUUCGACAAGAAUGCGAACUAGAAGAAGUAAUGAAGAUCAUCGUUUAACAGAAAAAGUUAAAGAUGUAACCCGAAAACAACUAAGUCGUUGUCUAAAAACCACUUUGGAACGAAAAAGACAAAAAGAUAAACUAUUUAAAGAAUCUAAAAGAAGCGUUCUUGAAUUAAAACAAAAAGAACAGCAAAUUAAUACAAAACAACGGAAAGAAAAACGUGAAAAUCUUUUAUAUAAAUUUCGGGAGCAAUACCGUGAUAACUUAAAAAAGCAAGUUAGUGAAGAUAGUCAAGCAAAGCUUUUAUUUAUUAAGGAAAGAAGCAUGUGUCCGGAGUAUAUUUGUUGUUUUUGUGAAGGGACAUUUUUUGCGCAUUCUGUUGUAAAGUACCAAACAACUUAUUCGAAAAAGUAUUUUGGAAAAAAAUUUGUAGAAAGUAUAAAUAAAAUAAGAAGCCAUAAAUCAGCCUGGACAUGUAAAACUUGUUACAGAUAUGUACAGAAAGGUCUUGUUCCUAAGUUAGCAAUUGCUAAUGGCCUUAACUUUGUUCCCAUUCCCAAAUCUAUCCAAAUAUUAUCUCCUCUUGAAGAGAGAAUGGUUGCACCCUUCAUAAAUUUUAUGCAAAUUCGCGAUUUAAAACCCUUUGCCCUGAAUCCCCAGCUUGGAAUGAAAGGAAGCGUUGUCAAUAUUUCAGUUGAGGUUAACGAUAUGCUGCAGGUACUGCCACGCCAGUUUGAUAACAUGAAAACUAUUCAGUUGAAACUCAAACGACACCUUGACCAUUCUUCAAACUACAUGUUUGAGACAAUUCGGCCCGCAGUUGUGUGCGAUGCUCUACAGUACCUAAAGACUACCCCUCUUUAUCAAAAAAACAACAUUCAAGUCGAUGCAGCUUACCUUGAACGGUAUGACAAAGCAUAUGAUGAAUUGGUUGAGUUCAUUGUAGACAGCAAUGAUGCACAGAACCCAAAGGGCACUACCGAUAGCUUUUCACAAGAUGACAGUGUGUUAGAAGACAUAAAUUUAGAUGAAUUUGUAGGCUUACCGAAAGCAAAAACUAAUACAGCAAAUAAGGCUAAACAACUUGAAGAGCAACAAAUUUUACAGUUCGAGAUGAACGAUGAGGUCCUUGUUAUGGAUAGGAACAAAGAAGCAGCGGAUAGCGUUCAAGUAAUAGCGCCUGGUCAGGGAAAGACUCCAGUUCCAUGGCAUUUAUUCCCAAAUUUAGAAGAGUUAUGUUUUCCUAAAAUCUACUGCGGACAUCCUUUAGAAUCUACAAAUAAAAUAUCAUACUCGGAGAGAGCGAAAUCAAUCGCAAGACGAUAUGAUAGACGAGGUUCUGUUCCAACUAAAAUUCUUUAUAUGGCAAAAAAGAAAUUAGAGCAAUCGUGUUUAUCAAAUAUUAACAUUUGUCUAAGAAAAAGCAAAAGCACGAAUAAGGUGACUGCAGACAAUGUUUUAAAGAAACAUUUCCUGGAUUCACUUAUUCAGCACGAUGCUGGGUAUAGAAUUCUUAACCGUAUUCCGUCAUCUCCGUCAUACUGGGAGUUAAAGAAAAUGCAACUAAUGGCAAUGAUUCGCCAAUUAGGAAAGCCUACACUCUUCUUAACUCUGUCUGCUGCCGAAUCAAACUGGCCCGAAUUAAUCCAACUUCUUUCAAAGCUUUUAAAUAACAAAAAACUUAGUAUUGAAGAAGCCAUAUCACUGGAAAAUUGCGAAAAAACUGAGCUUAUUCGAAAUGACCCAGUAACUUGUGCUAGAUAUUUUGACCAUAAAGUUGCCAAAUUUAUGAAGUAUAUAAAAAGCAAAAAUGGACCUUUCAAGGAAUUUGAAGUCCUUGACAGCUAUCAAAGAGUAGAAUUCCAGAUGCGUGGUUCACCUCAUGAGCACAUGUUCUUAUGGCUCAAAAAUGCCCCAGUUUAUAAACUAAACGAUGAAGAAAGCAAGUCGCGAUGCACUUCAUUUAUUGAUAGGUUUAUCACCUGCGAAGAUAACCCUAUUAGUCCCUAUAUACCCUACCUUCGUCAUAGGCAUUCGCAUACUUGUAAUAAGGGAAAGUUAAAUAAAACAAAAUGCAGGUUUAACUUUCCUAUACCAGUUAUGCCAAAGACCCAAAUUCUUGAGCCUCUUCCCAAAGUUCCAGUAGGCAAAGAAAAGGAAGAACUUUCAGCGAUAUUAGGUAAUAUUAGGACCCGAAUGCAACAUUUCUUUGACAAACCAUCCCUUGUUCCUUUUAGUGAUAUACUACAUUCACUCAAAAUUACAGAGUCCCAAUACAUAUAUGCCAUCAGGAGUUCCUUAAAAAACCCACAAGUAUUUUUAAAACGCAACAGUUUAGAAGUAGCAAUAAAUUCAUAUAAUAAAGACGUUUUGAAUUUAUUUGAGUCGAACAUUGAUGUUCAGUUUGUCUUAGAAGAAUACGGGAUUGCUAAUUAUAUUGUGAAUUAUAUAAGCAAAGUGGAUGCUGGUUUAUCCAAGCUCUUAAGAGAUGCUGCUUCAGAUAUUAAUCAGGGCCAUAAGAACAUUAAGGACAAAUUUAGAAAUAUUGCGAACGUUUUUCUCAACAGCAAUUUAAUGUCUGCGCAGGAAGCUGCAUAUCACGUGCUAUCGUUGCCAUUAUCGAAAAGUAGUAGAGGACAUAUUUUUAUUAAUACAAGUCCAAUUGAAAGCAGAUUAAUGAUGCUAAAGUCAAAUAAGUUUCUUCAGAACCUUAACUCUGAUUCCACUGACAUUUUUGUCGAAAAUGACUUUAAAAAAUAUUCAAAAAGGCCUGUGAAACACGAAGAAUUAUGCUUAGCAGAUUUUGUUGCGAAUUUCACACACUCGCGUAGGCAAAAUGAUGAAGAAAAUGAAAACGAAGAUAACUAUCAUUUAAGGCACAAUUCUAAGAUAAUUCGAUAUAGAAGAUACAAAUUGGUACAGGAUCCACAGAAUUAUUAUCGUGAGCAGAUACUUCUAUUUAUGCCUUGGAGAAAUGAGGCCGAGGAAAUAGAAAAUAUCGAUUCUAAGGAAGCUUAUUUGAAGAAUAGAACAUUAGUUGAAGCGAAUAGGUUAAAAUAUGCCAUAGUAGAAGACGAUAUUUUAGAUGAAGCACUUGAAGAAAUAAGACAAGGCAACGAAAGGCAUGAAAGCACUCCAUCAGAUUUUCUUCCUGAACCAGAGCAGAUAGAUAUUUUAGAGCAGGGCGGAGUAGAAAAUAAAAAGGAAAAUUUAGUUAAUCGUUUCGUGAGUCCACCCAAAAUUUCCCAAGAGUGUAUGAUUUUACAGCUGAACAAAUUAAAUAAAGACCAACGAGAAUUCGUUAUGCAUGUAUAUAAUUGUUUUAAAACUAAAAACUGUUUGCCUCUUAAUAUAUUCUUAAGUGGUUCUGCUGGAGUCGGUAAAUCUACGGUAAUCAACUCCAUAUUCCAACUUAUUACUAAAUAUUUUGAUAGUAGACCGGGAGCAAUUGGUGAUUCCAUAAAAGUUUUGCUAACUGCUCCCUCAGGAAAAGCUGCUUUUUUGAUUAAUGGAGUGACACUUCAUACAGCUUUCGCUCUCCCCGUUUCUCAGUACGGAGGGACCAUGCCCAAUCUUUCUAGUGAUAUUGCGAACACGAUACGGCAAAAGUUAAUCAAUCUUAAAUUGCUUAUUAUUGAUGAAAUAUCAAUGGUUGGAAGUCGUCUUCUAAGUAGGGUAGAUACAAGACUACGACAGGUUAUGGGCCGAAAUGAACCAUUUGGAGGGAUUUCCAUUAUUUUAGUUGGAGACUUAAAUCAGUUACCUCCUGUCUUUGACACGUUUAUAUUUAAGGCACCACAAAAUAACGACUUAAAUGUUUUUGCCGAAACAAACACGUUAUGGGUACUUUUCAAGAUUUUUGAGCUAACCAAAAUCAUGCGCCAACAAAAUGAAACCUUAUUUAUAAACGCACUGAAUAAUCUUGCUACGGGAACAAUGACAAGUGAAGAUAUUCAGCUAGUUAAGAGUCGUGAAGUUGAUAGCACUUCUAUACCUGAAGACGUAAUUCGAUUGUACUCAACGAACAAUGACGUUGAUGAGUAUAAUAGUUUAAAACUAUCAAAAGCACCGGGUGAAGAAAUAAGUGCCACCUCCAUCGAUUCUGUGCUUGGAAAAGUGGGAGAAGCAAUCAAAAAACGAGCAUUGGAAGCACUUCAGAAGAAAAAGUUGUCUGAUUUAGGGGGUCUUUCAAAUAUAGUACGUCUUAAGAAAAACAUAAAAUAUAUGAUAACAACAAAUAUAGAUGUUGAAGACGGUUUGGUAAACGGGGCAUGUGGAGAACUCAAACAUAUUUCCAUGAGACCCAAUACGAGUGAAGUAGACAAAAUUUGGAUUUUAUUUCCACCAAAUCCUCAAGUUGGAUUGAAAGCCCGACAGUCCUUAAAUAAAUUCAUAGAAUUAAACGACAUAGACCGCAACUUGGUCCCUAUUGAAAGGAAAGUUCAUUCAAUAAAUGUGAAUACCGUUAACACAUACCAAAUUCUUAGAAAACAAUUUCCAAUAGUUCCAGCAGAAGCCAUAACAAUUCAUAAAAGCCAAGGCCAAACAUACGAUAAAGUGUGCAUCGAUCUGAGAAAAUCGAAAAAAAUCAGAAGAUCUAUGAUGUACGUUGCGUUAAGUAGAGUAACAUCUUUGACAGGGCUUUUUAUAAUUGGUAAUUUCUCACCACCAAAUGCUACAGCCGAAGAAAAUUUAAUUUUGGACGAGUUAAGACGUCUUAGAAAUGAUUGUAAAAUGAAUUUGUCGUUUAAAAAUUUUGACCAAAAAACCGGCUUAAUUGUUGCUUACCAAAAUGCUCGUUCUCUAAAAAAGAACAUAAAUUGCGUUAUAGCCGAUCACUGGUACUCAAAUUGUGAUGUUUUAGUUUUUUCCGAAACUCAAACACUUUAUUCAGAUUCUUUGAAUAUACCGGGAUUUAAACUAAUUUAUAGGUCAGAUCAGGAUUAUAAAAAGCGUAAGCCCAGAGGAUUAAUGUGUUUUGUAAAGGAAACUUUAUCAAUUGACACAAAGAGCAUCAAAUCGGCAACAAUACAAAUAAUUAUAGAUUCGACAAAGAAAACUCAUAUUGAUUUGCUCUCAUUUGAAUUAGGUGAAGUUUUAGUUAUCGCAGGUUAUAAAUCUCCUUCGGCUUCAUUUGAAGACUUUAGGGAACAAUUCAAAGAUUUUAUGAAUGAAAUAAGACACAAAUUACGUGGAAAAAUCGUUCUGUUGGGAGAUUUUAACAUCAAUUUAAGAAAUAAGCCGAACACAUUUCUCCAUGAAACUUUGACGGAAUGGAAUCUUAGAUCCGCACUACCUAACAAUGCAGUUACUACAGAUAACAAUACCCAAAUUGAUGUCAUAUUUUCAAACAUACAUCCACUAGAGUGUGGAGUGUAUGAAAGCUUCUUCUCAGAUCAUAAACCAAUUUACUUUAUAUAUCCACAAGAAUAA